ACCUGAAGAAGUCAUUUGAACAAGAACCCCUGGGAAAAGAAGUAUCUCUGGAGCAGGAAGUUCUGUUACAGUGUCGCCCUCCAGAGGGCAUCCCAGCUGCUGAGGUGGAGUGGUUAAAGAAUGAAGAGGUAAUCGACCCGGCGGAGGACAGAAACUUCUAUAUCACUAUUGACCACAACCUGAUCAUCAAGCAGGCGCGUCUCUCUGACACAGCCAACUACACGUGUGUGGCCAAGAAUAUAGUGGCCAAAAGACGAAGCACUACAGCCACCGUUAUUGUUUAUGUGAAUGGGGGCUGGUCGACAUGGACAGAGUGGUCUCCGUGUAACAGCCGUUGUGGAAGAGGUUUCCAGAAAAGAACCAGGAGCUGCACUAACCCUGCCCCUCUCAAUGGAGGACUGCCUUGUGACGGACAGGCUAUACACAAACUGCCCUGCACCACACUGUGCACUGUGGAUGGUGUCUGGACAGAUUGGAGCAAGUGGUCAGCCUGUGGAACAGAGUGUACACAGUGGAGGAGGAGGGAGUGCAACAAUCCAGCUCCCAAGAAUGGUGGAAAGGACUGCGAGGGUCUCGUCCUCCAGUCUCAAAACUGCACUGAUGGACUCUGUAUGCAAAGUUCAUUGUUUCAGAAGUCCACUGAGUCCAAAGAAAAGAAUGAAUUGGGAAUUCCAUCUGCCCCGAGCACAGAUGAUGUGGCGCUCUAUGUGGGGAUAGUGAUCGCAGUGAUUAUGUGCCUGGUCAUCUCCGUCAUCGUGGCGCUCUUUGUCUAUCGCAAGACGCACCGCGACUUUGACUCUGACAUCAUUGACACAUCGGCACUAAAUGGAGGCUUCCAGUCUGUUAAUAUCAAGACAGCCAGAUCAGCUGAUUUGCUGACUGCUCCGCCAGACUUAACAAAUGCAGCUGCCAUGUAUCGGGGUCCAGUCUAUGCUCUUCAUGAUGUUUCAGACAAAAUUCCAAUGACCAACUCUCCUCUCCUGGAUCCUCUUCCCAACUUGAAGAUCAAAGUGUACAACUCUUCUGGACUGGUCACACCUCAGGAUGACCUCGGAGGAGACUUUACGUCUAAAUUGUCUCCUAAGGUAACUCAGUCCCUGUUGGAUAACAGUGACACCAUGAACCUUCGCAAUCAGAGCUUGGCCCGAACACGAGAUCCUUCCUGUACUGCUCAUGGAUCCUUCAACAACCAAGGAGGACACCUCAUUGUACCCAACUCUGGAGUCAGUUUGUUGGUUCCAGCGGGUGCUGUUCCUCAUGGCAGGGUGUAUGAAAUGUAUGUGACUGUGCACAGGAAGGAUAGCUUGAGACCCCCAGUAGAGGACAUCCAGACAGUUCUUAGCCCAGUGGUGAGCUGUGGACCUCCAGGAGCCCUGCUGACCAGACCAGUGAUUCUCACCAUCCACCACUGCUCUGACAAUGUCCAGGAAGACUGGCUCAUACAGCUGAAGAAUCAGCUGGCCAUGGGAGAAUGGGAGGAUGUGGUUGUAGUGGGAGAGGAAAACUUCACCACCCCCUGCUAUGUGCAGAUGGACUCAGAGGCAUGCCACAUUCUGACAGAGACACUGGGGACGUACUGCCUGGUGGGCCAGUCAAUUGGCAAAGCAGCUGCCAAGAGGCUCAAGCUGGCUGUUUUUGGGCCCGUUUCCUGCACAACUUUGGACUAUCACAUCAGGGUCUAUUGUCUGGAUGAUACGCAAGAUGCACUCAAGGAGGUUCUUCAGAUGGAGACCCAGAUGGGAGGAAAGCUUCUGGAUGAGCCAAAGACGCUGAACUUUAAGGACAGCACACAUAAUCUGAGGCUGUCCAUCCAUGACGUGCCAAGCGCACAUUGGAAGAGCAAACUCAUUGCAAAAUAUCAGGAGAUCCCGUUCUACCAGGUUUGGAGUGGCAGUCAGAGAACUCUUCACUGUACCUUCACCCUGGAGAGAUUAAGUCCAGCCACCACAGAAAUCAGCUGCAAACUGUGUGUACGGCAGGUAGAAGGAGAAGGACAGAUCUUUCAGCUCAGCAACACAUUGGAGGAGGAGGUCCACUGUAUAGACACAUCCCUGAUGGACCCUGCCAGUAACAUUACGACUUUAGUGGGGCCCAACGCCUUUCGGAUUCCUUUAUCCAUCAGACAGAAGUUGUGUGGAAGCCUGGAUGCACCACAGACCAGAGGCAAUGACUGGAGGAUGCUGGCCCACAAACUCAACCUUGACAGAUACCUGAACUACUUUGCCACCAAGUCCAGUCCAACAGGCGUAAUCCUGGAUCUCUGGGAGGCCCAACAUUUCCCUGAUGGAGACCUAAAUGAACUGGCCACUGUGCUGGAAGAAAUGGGUCGCCACGACAGUAGCCUUGCCUCCAUGACAGCGGAACAUUGACGAAACACUGCAGUUACCAUGACAAUGGUAGAGGUCUGGAGAUGAUUACGCGUGAAGUGUCGAUGGUUGAUCCUGCAGCGAGGGCAACAAACCAAUUAGCAACAGAAAAGUUGCCACUGUGGUGACUGAGCACCGAUUAAAUACCAUGGUAAUCAUGCCGACAUGGUAACAGAUAGGAGAGGCACCUUAACUGCUGUGUGCUGGAACUAUCUAUGUAUCUUUGUAUGUGUAUUUGCGAAAUGUUGCAGUGUCGUAUGUGACUGAAAGAGAGAUAACCCUACCUAUCUAUCAGGAACACAGAAAAACAUACACACGCCUAAAAAAAAAAAAAAAAAAAAAAAAAAAAAGCUUGUCCAUAGUAACACCGGUUGUUCUCUUGUUGUUACUUUAAUAUUGAACAAGGAGAAGCAAAGAACAAGAAGCAGCAGAGAGGUACUGACCUUGGAAACCUCUGUAGGAAUGGAACAGAAUCAUAAGGGGAAAGAAGGUAAACUGAUUACAGAAGAGUGGGAGAAGGCAGAGUGAGGAAACGGAGAGAGUGAGUUAGAGACUCUUAAGAAAGAUGGGCGCAAACACAGAGCGAAGCUAAACUGAUUACAAAAGAGAGGGAGGACAUAAACAUAAAAUGAUGGAAGCGAUGGCAGGUGAUCAUCUGAACAGAAAACAGAUAAUGAGAGAGGGGGAUAAAGAAGUGAGUCCUCUCUUGUGAGCCUCGGCUGUACGUGUUUGCCAGUACAGUUUGUCGUCUUUAUAUCGUUUCUUAGGGAACGCUCUAUGAAUUCUGCUGUCCAUAUGUGUGGAUCAUUUCCUGAUACAAGAAUGAGUACAAAGUGACUGUCAAUCAAGGGUCCUGACCAGAAACAAGCCCGAGACAACAACAACUGUCCCCUUUGGGUUAUUAUCAUAAAGAUGGUUCCAAUUGGAUGUUGAUUAAGAUUAAGGCUUUUUUCAAAAAUACCAUCAAAAUCUUUCAGGUCAGAGAAAAAUGAACACAAAAGCAAUUUGACUUGCUUCCAAUGCCUCUAAUGUUCUUUUCUUCUUUUUUUAAUUCAAAAAGCCAGUCCAAAGAUAAUUAUGCUGCUGAAGGAUGCAAGAAUAACUUCUUAUUUUUUUUAAUAAUCUUUUUUAUGGUAAGAUUUCAAGAUUUCAUGUAUGAUAAUCAUAUAAUGAUUAUUAGGUAAAGCUCAUCAUCAUGCACAGUACAUUGCAGUAAAGCAUCUAAGACUUUUAUUUUGUUUUUAUUUUAUCAUUGCUUUUUCACAUUUUUAAAAUAAAUAAAUAAAUACAUUAAAAAAAACACGAUCCAGACAGGAAAAACAGGAACGGCAAACUCAAAACUACAAGUGCAUCUCAAACCACUGAGAGUCUCAACAUAAUCUGCACUAAUGCUGCUUCUCUAUUACUUAACAACCAGCAGUUGACCACAACCUCCAACCCAGAAGUGUCUAUUUUAGACUGUUGGGGCUUCUUUCUGGACAGACGGACAAAGCGAAAAAAUAAAUAAAAAAAUGGGGGGGUGGAAAACAUAACUUGAUUUGAUUGCAGGAAUUAUAUGACAGUGAAUUAAAUGCAGCUCAUCUACUACUAAUAUACCGAUUUUAAUCAAUUAUAUUCAAGUUUCCUUCAGUUGUGUUAUCUGCCAUCAGGCCACAUGUGGCAUUUCAUUUGUGAUCGUCGCCAUGACUUUGCUGGUCACUAGCACCAUCCAGUGGCCUUUGAUAAAUAAGAGCAUUUUAAGUGUUUUCAUUUUUAUUUUAUUUUGAUUGUGUAAAUACAUGCUUAUCAUUAUGUUCAUUCUAAAGAGCUUUUAUUACCACGUAUUUUUGUUCAUUGUUCAUUAUUAUUUACAUAAACUUUUUUUUGCCAGCUUUA